AUGGAGGAAGACGUUGAAGAGGACAGUGUUGAAGCAGACGUUUCACUUAUUCUCAACUGGGAAAACCACGAUGAGUCUCUCCAAACAUCUCAAGGCAAAGGCGAGGCUUCUGAAGAAAACGACAGUGAUAACUUCCUGAGUGCGUGCAUGUCUGGCGAUGAGGAAGAAGCAGAAGAAUUGUUAGCGAAGGAUGUUGAUAUCAACACUGCCACUUAUGAAGGGUUUACAGCUUUACAUAAGGAAAACGAGCAGUCGGAAUGUGUCGACAAGACAGGACUCUAUGUAAUGCCAUGUAAAAGAAGUUAUCUAGGUUAA